GUCGGCUUCUGCGAGCGGGACCGAGCGUGCGCAGAACUGUUCUGGAGGCGCGAGAGGACGACGGUUGAACUCUGGCGCCGACUCCGCCCACGGUGGGGAGGAGCCACAGGAGCCUCGUGUACUAGUAGCAGCAAGCCGCCGCAGUAAAGUCGCUCUCAUGGCGCCCGGGCUGCUGCUCAUUUCGGUGCUCCUGUUGGCGCUGCACGUGCGCUUGGUCCAUGGCGACACGUGGGAUGCAGCUAGAUUCAGACUGAAUUGUCCUCAAGCACCCUGCUGGCGCUACUGGAAUGGAAAUUGUUAUUGCCUAGAGGCAAAUAAUACGGGGACUUGGACAGAAGCACUAAAAUUUUGCAAGAGAUACAGCUUUACAGAAUUAGUAUCAUUUACUAGUAGUCAGGAAAUGAACUGGAUCUUAGCUUUACCUUUGGAUGAUUUUUGGACUGGAUUGAAUAACUUGGAAAAUAUUAACACUUUUUCAUGGUCAGAAGGUACACCAGCAAAUAUGAGGCUUCCUUGGCUUCAGCUAUCGUCCCCAGCCCAGCCAAAUACUGUGCAUUGUGUGAAAGUUUCCAAACGUCGCUUGGUUGCUUUGCAUUGCAAUGAAAAGGCCCAUUGGAUCUGCAAGCGAAAUGCAGCUGUUGACCGGUACCAGGAACACAAAGGAAAGGUGCUUCUAUCACCACCAGGCUCUGUAUCUCAAGUACAUGCAGAUUUGAUUUCUGCAAAGGCAGCAUGCUUGGAGCUUAGAGAACAAUGUACAGGGAUCACUAUCUGGAAUAAUGCCUAUGCAAUUGCUAGAGGAACUGUAUUGCUAAAAAGUGAAGAGCGCUGGUCUGCAGCAUAUGUCAAAUCAGAUUGCUCCUUGGGUUACUUUGGAAAGAACUGUUCCUCUGUUUGCAGCGGAUGUUAUGGUGAUGAAUUAUGCAAUCCAUACACUGGAGUUUGUGAUAAUUUUCAUUCUUGUAGAGCUCAGGACUCGCCUACUAUUUGUGAUCGAGCUAUGAGCAGUGCAUGGUGUCCACGAUUUUCUGGUUGGAAAUAUUGGGGAAAUGGCUGCUAUUACUUCAGCAAUGUCAGCAUCAGCUGGGCAGAUUCUCGGAAACAGUGCAGAAGAUUCAGAAGUACAGACCUCGUAUGGAUUGGAAGCAGAAGUGAAAUGGACUGGUUGUCCUCUGUAAACCCUCGUGACAUUUUGUGGACUGGGCUGAAUAGCAGGAAGCAAAAAUCCAUAUGGAUUUGGUCAAAUAUGAAAUCAGCUGCUAAAGCAUUACACUGGUUGGAACUAAAAGGGAGCCCAGCUGGAAGAUGUAUGGGUCUUAAUUCAGUAGACCAAACUGCUCUGAGACUAAAUUGUGAGGAAAAACACAAAUUUAUUUGCAAGAGAAUUGAAGUGGAAAAUCUUUUUGAUGUCUAUACUGAUCACUUUCUGUCAGGACCAUUAGAACCUCACUUUUAUACCUCCUUUUCCACCGCUGCAUUAGACUGCUUAAAUGAUGCCAGCUGCACAGGAAUAGUGAAAGAUUACCGAUACUACAGAAGAACAAGAGGUGUUGAUAUAAUUGUUACUUAUGAUGAAACUGCAACUGCAUACAUAAGACGUGAAUGUAACUUUCGUUUCUAUGGUUAUAACUGUGCAUCCGAUUGUAAAAAAUGCUAUGGAGGAUUCAGGUGUAAUUCAGUAAAUGGCAAGUGCCCAGAAAGGAUGCAGUGUAUUGGCCAGUUCAAAGGUGAACUGUGUGAAUUAGGCAUCAGGAAUCCAAAAUGUCCACAGAAUGCCCCAUGGUGGUUUUAUGACGGACACUGCUAUUAUUUUGAAAAGAAAAGGAAACAGCAGUACGCACAGGCAAGCGUGCAGUGUUCAUACUACAAGGAUGUCAACCUUGUCAAAAUUGACAAUGAAAAGGAAAAGAAGUGGCUUAAUACUAUGAUGGAAAGUCAGAGUUGGAUUGGUUUGCUACAGGAAGGAAGUGUGUGGAAAUGGAGUGACGGCCGAGAAGCUGUUGAUCCAUUACACUACUCCUGGUUAUGGGACUUUCCUGCCACAGGAAAUGGAUGUGUUAUGAUGGUUAGAGGAGGCAGACUUAUGGCAUUACCAUGCACUGAGCAACAUUUCUAUGUUUGUGAAAAAGAAAUAGUUGGUCCUGACAUUUUCAUUGAUUACCCUGGGAAAAUAAUGCUGGCUGUUCACCCCCUGGCUGUGUACAAAAACUUUGAGGAAGCAAGAUUCUAUUGUAUAUUAAGAGAGAACUGUACUGGAAUAAGUAGCUGGCCAGACAAACAUUUUCUUGUCACAGGAAUGGAAAUGGUAUCAGGUGUGAGGCAUCAUGUAUUUCACUUGAAGACCGCUUGUUCACCAGGACGUUACGGGUAUGGAUGUGGGGAAGAAUGUCCACCAUGCAGAGAGAAUGCCCUUUGUAACAUGUUGACUGGUUUCUGUGAUGAGAAAGCCUUCUGCAGAGACACAUCCUCUAUAGAGAGGUGUUCAGAAAGCACAGUCAGCCAGAGAUGUCCAGAUAUGGGUAAAUGGCGCUACUGGAACAGAUACUGUUACUAUUUCUCUGUCCAUAUUGAUGCUGAAAAACGCUGGGAAGAAGCCAAUUCUUCGUGCAGUCGUUUUAGGGCUGCUGAACUUCUAUGGAUUGAAGACCAAGAUGAUCUGGAGUGGAUACAAAAGUUUGUUAGAGAAAAAAUAUGGCUAGGACUGCAAGAUAUAAACUCUGAUGAAGUCUGGGCUUGGUCACAUGAGGACAAUGCAGAAAGUACAUUGCAAUGGCUGGAUUUCCCAAAGGGGUACAAAUGGCACAGAUGUGCUGAUAUGUCAAACAAAGGUGUUAUCAGUAAAGUUUACUGUACUGAAAAGAGAGAAUGGGUGUGCAAGAGACCAGCUGGACGAGACCUUGAUGUAUACACAGGCUUUUGGGAUUCACUAGUGAUCUCAGAGAAACCAGCUUUGUCAACCAAUUAUACUUACAAUUAUUCAAGGGAUGAAUGUAUUAGAUUGAAGUCAAGAUGUCUUGGCUAUGGAUUGUGGAAAAAUGGAUAUUUCUUGUUCAAUGGUUUAAGAUUAGUUGGUGGCGGAUUUGGUCCAAGUGUAACAUUUUUAAAAACAGCAUGUGACUAUGGAUACUAUGGGCCAGAGUGUGAAUCUGAAUGCCGGCCCUGUCAUUGGGACAAACCAUGCCACCCUGUUACGGGAACAUGUGAAGGUCCCAUUGUUUGUGUUGCACCUCAGCGUGUAGGUACAUGCCCUUUUGGCUUGUACAGUUUAAGAUGCCCCCUUGGUGAUGGCUGGUGGUACUGGGGAGGAAAAUGCUACUUGAUAGAUGAAAAAAGAAAAGUGGCAUGGAGUGAAGCACAGGAGCUAUGCAGACGUUUUAAAGACACAAAUCUACUUGAGAUACAAAGCCUUGAGGAAAAGACAUGGGUGAAAGCAAUGAUAAAUCAACAAAUGUGGGUAGGAAUGAAAUGGCAUUCAGAGACGUCUCGUUGGCAAUGGGGAGAUGGAACAAAUGUGAACACUAAUAUAGAUUGGUUAAAUAUAGAAGGGAACAAGCUUGAUGGCUGCGGUACUAUUCUCAAAAAUAAGCGACUAUUGCAAUCAGCAAAGUGCUCUGAGAAGUUUUAUUUUAUAUGUGAAAGAGAAGAAUCAAUGAAUAUAUUCCAGGAAUACAAAGGUCACAUUAUACCACAACGACAAAACGCAUUGCCAAAAAUGUUCUAUACUUUGAGUGAUGCUGAAGAGGAUUGCAUUUUUGAGAAAACUACUUGUACUGGUAUAGUUUUAUCACAAGGCCAGUAUUAUAUGGUUAGUGGAACAAAUAUAUUCAAAAGCAUUGAUGCACAUGACACCUUAUAUGUGAAGUCUGUUUGCAAUCCUGGAUUUUUUGGUACAAAUUGUCAAUUCACUUGCAAAAAGUGUGCCAAUAACUUACCUUGCCAUCCGAUUACUGGAGAAUGUGUAGCCAUUGGCCCUACCAAGUGUACCUUGGAUUCCCCAGAUCCAGAGUGUAAUGCAAAAGCUUUCACAAAUCCGUGCCCAAAGAAGCCCCAGUGGUACCAUUAUUCCAAGUCAUGUUACUAUGUGGAACACACAAAAACAGCCACAUGGACCGAUGCCAGGAUUGCAUGCCAAGGAUUUAAGGGAACAGACCUAGUUAAAAUUACAAACAGUCAUGAAAAGAUGUGGGUACAGUAUACAGGAGAUGACAGCUGGAUUGGUUUGAUCUUCAGCAAGAGGUCAUAUCAAUAUAUUUGGGUAGAUAACACAACUUCAAUCUUUCAAAAUGCAUGGGUGGUUAGGCAAAACAGAAGAUAUACACAAUCUGUUUCUGAUUGUGGAGUUGCUUUCAAGAGAUAUCUUUCUGUGAUUGAUUGUUCUCUUCACAGAAAAUGGAUUUGCAAGAGACAAGAUGUUGAUCUCUUUACUGAAUUCAUUGGAAGAGCAUUUUACCUUCCUGAUGGAAAAGCUCCUAAGUAUUCUACUUUAAAUGAGGCUAAACAGGCCUGUUUAGUCUUGUCAACGUGUAUUGGAGUGGUAGAAGCAGGGAAAGAUUUCAUGAUACACACUGGUCUAAGCAUAUACAAUACCAGGGACAAAAGUGUGAAAACCUGGAUUAAAUCAGAUUGUGUCGCUGGAAGAUUUGGGGAGAACUGUGAACAAAUAUGCCGCAAGUGUGGUGAUGAUGUGCCAUGCAACCCCUAUACAGGGUUGUGUGGUGACAGCUUGUUUUGCAGCAAAAAUGACCCUACUUUCGCUUGCAAAAAAGGGACCUUGAUUGGUGGGAGAUGUCCUGUUGAAGAUGGCUGGGUGUACUGGCAUGGCAGCUGUUAUUACUUCCCCAAAGCAACAGAAAAUACAUGGUUCGAUGCAAGAGAUAUGUGUAGACGAUAUAGGGACGCAGACCUUCUCUGGAUAUCUAGUAGAAACGAGAUGGAUUCACUUCUUACUAUAUUGCCAAGAGGAGUCUAUUGGAUUGGUCUUUAUGGUGGUCUAUUUUGUACCCAUUUGGAGUGGUCAAAGGCUACUGUUUUAUACACAGAUUUAAUAUGGUUACGUAAUAAUUCGUGGACGUUCUUCUGGAAUUGCUGUGUGCAGCUAGAUGUUCCCGAAGGUUCAAUGCCAGGAACUAGUUGUUACAGGAAAAAAUCGUGGGUUUGCAAGAAAAGAGAAGAGGAAAGUACGGAUUUCAUCGAGUUUGGUGGCUAUUACCUCACUGGCAUUGUCAACAACACUAAAGUAGUCACCCACGUAUCAUUACAUGAUGCCUUUCUGCAUUGCAGAGACAAAAGAAGUCUUUGCACUGGAGUUCAAAGGAUAAGAGCUACGUACAUAACACUGAUUGCAAAGCGUCUUGUAUUUGUCAGGGGAUCAUUUGCAAAUCUCUAUACUGCAUAUUUGAAAUCUGCUUGCACACCAGGCUAUUAUGGUCCUGAUUGUAGUAUAAACUGCACCUGUAAUGGCACUAAGAACUGCAAUCCAUUAACUGGAGAAUGUGCAGAAAACGAGCAGUGUAACGAAGACUUCAUAGGAAAAGAUUGUGAAGAAGGUGUGAUUAAUCUUAAGUGUCCAACAGAUCCUGGAUGGUGGUACUGGAAGGACAAUUGUUAUUACAUAGAGACGGUGAAGCAAUUCACUUGGGAAGGAGCAAAGGAUUUCUGCAAUGCUUAUUAUGAAACUGAACUUAUACGACUGCCACUAAACAAAGAGGAAAAGGUCUGGCUGAUGUCUAUGAUAAAGGAUGCUAUAUGGACAGACUCAGCAGUGCCAAAACUCAAAGAAAUGACUAACUCUCAAGAAAUGUACGGAAAAGCUUCUUCCACCUGCACACAAAUGAGGAAGAACGGGGACCUUGAAGAAGUUCCGUGUUCGUUCUUUGCUAUCUUGGCUUGUAAAAGAAGUGUAGAUGCCAAAAUGUUCUGGCUAUACCCUGGAAAGAUGCUCAUCUUGCCUGUGGGGGACAAAAUGUAUAUACAAAAGGAGCUUGCAAUAUCAGCCUGCCUUUUAGAAGAAAAAUGCACUGGAAUCAGCUUUUGGAAAAGACAGUAUGUACCAGUCAGUGGUAAAGAACUGAUCUCAACUAACUCAAAGUCGGAUGCUACAUUCAUGAAAACUGCUUGCAGAGAAGGACAUUUUGGAGCCUUUUGUCAAGAAAGGUGCCCAGAAUGUCCAGAAGAUAAACCAUGCAAUAGAUUAACAGGAAAGUGUGCUGGUGAUGUGACCUGCUCAGAACAUGAUUUAAAGCUCUGUGAAAUAAAUCUGAGAAGCCAGUUUUGUUACUACAGUUGGACAUACUUCAAUGGACAGUGUUAUUACAUUCCUUCAUAUGGGCAGAUUAAUCAUAGUGAUGCAGAAUACAUGUGCAGCCUUUUUAAAGGAGCCCGGCUUCUACAUAUGACUAGCAAUGAUGAAAAGGAUUGGGUAGCUAAAGUGAUCUCUAAAAUAUUCUGGGUUCACAUAGCUGGCCCAGCUUUCCAGCCAAAAAUGUGGCUUUCACAGGAAGAAAAGCUAGAAGGCAGGAUUCUUUUUGAUGCCGAGCAGUUGUGUCCUCAGAUGCAACCUGCUGUGGCUUUUUUGAUAUCAGCUCCUUGUUCAGGAAAUGCUUCAUGGAUCUGUCAAGCCCCAUUAGCAUCUGAGCCAGUGGAUGAUCCAGAAAAGUGGUGGAUUCCAGUAGUGAUAUCCACUUUAGUUACCACUGCUGUACUGGUAGUGACUGUGAUUGUUACAUUUAAAUAUGGGUUCUCUAUUCAAAAAGAAGGAAAUGAAGCAAAUGAUGUGAAAACGCCAUCAUCUUAAAUCAGAUGCCAAGCUUACCGUUCCAUGGUCAUACGGUUCUUCAUAGAAGAAAGAACAAGCACUAAUGUAUAUUGUUGGCCACCUGAGAAGCAAACUCUGUGAGCUCCUUUUGCCUUGUUCUUAAAAUAUUUUGAAUUGUAGAGGUGGGUUUGACAGGUGAAAUAGUAAGUGUAAAAGGCAAAGAAGCAAAAAAGGAAUUGAAAAUUUGUUCAGUGUCUUAACAGACUUCAGAAAGUGUCCAGGAACAUGAAUAAAGUUGUAUAAUAGAUGCUCCUUCAGUGAUUCAGAAGAAUGGCUGUCUGCUUCCAGCACUGAGUUUCACAAAGCAGGAGUGUAUUCAAUAAGCAAAGACUGGUUGAACAUAACCCUUCUACUUUACUCCUUCAAGUGUGUGUUCCUGUUUGUUAGAUUUUUAAAUAAACUUGAAGGAAAAUAUGCUCAUAUCCUCUAGUAGAUUGUUUGAAGAUAAUGAACCUUAAAGCUUCUAGCUAUCCAUCAUUGGUACUCCAUUCACUUCAUACCUUCAUCAAAAGAAUACUACGGUAAUUCUGUAGGUUGUUUUUCAAACAACUAUUAUCCAAAAACUUUGGCAUUAUCCCUAGGACAUAACGAUGAUGUGCUGCGCUACACUUAGUUUUGACUAUACAAGAAAAAGGUAGGUUUAGGAUUUAGAAUAGAUUAUUAUAAUGAUAAUUAGGAGAGAUGGGUGGUUUUGAAGGACAUUAUUUUUUUGUUCCUGACUUGCAAGUUAGUUUUUAGAGAAACAUUUUUAUUUGCAUAUUCUGGGGAGAUGUUGUAAUCAGUGGGGGGAGGGGGUUAGUAAAUGUAAAUAAGUGAAUACAUACAUUGAAUUGAUAUCAACUGCUGUUUAAAUUGCUGCUAUAGCAUUGCAUUUCUAUUGAGGAUCUGUUGUCACACAAAAAGAAACAGUAAAUGUAAUUCAAAUUGCCUUUGAAUGUUUGGCGGUUGUAUUUUGGAACUUUAGGCAUCCAUACCUGAAUGCCUUAGAAUAAGUUUCAGUAACUGAAGCUGAUCACAUAAAAAUUAUUUGUAAAGGAAAACCAGGAAAAUAUCAACAUCAUACCAAACUGAAAUUUGUAACACUUGGUACAUAAUAGCCAAAAGGAUAAAAAAAAAAUACUGUAUCUGUGUAGGUCAAAAAAAAUGGCAAAGUGGUGAACUACAUCUUCCUAGACUCUUCUGCUGACUCAGAGUGGGGUUAGGGAUUGGUGAAAAACUGCUACCAGUCAAAGUAGGCGGCACUGGGCUAGAUAACUGGUGAUCUAAUGCAGUAUAAAGUAGCUUCAUAAUGGCAGGCUGCUGAUUCUCCUUUUGUAUGCCAUGCUGCUUUAUCCCCAUUAGAGGGCAGCAAACAUUUCCAGAAAAACAGCUGAACUUCUAAAACUUUGUUCUAUGGCCUUUGAAUGUGCAAACUGCUUUGCGGCGUUUACCUCACAACCACCAUGUGAAAUAACUGUUCCCAAUUUAUAGUUCACACAACAUAUACAUAGCCAAGCAAGCUUACUAACUUUGAUUGUCAAGACAGAAGUUCAGCUUACUGAUCACUGAAUCAUGCUGGCUGUCAUGGAAUUACAGUAUUAUUUUGCAAUACAGUCUCAGCAUGCAAGCUUGUUUCCAAUUAUUUGGGAGUAAGAGUUGUUGAACACAGUGGGACAUAUAUCCAACUAUAAACAUGCAUGUGAUUAGGCUGCAAGGCUGGUACAGAGUCCAAUCACAAGGUCAAAAUAGAUGUGAUGCUAAAUGUUUUGCGUUUGGGAAUUUAAAAGUUGUUGUUGUUAAAGUUAAAGUUAACAGCAACCACCAGGCAUCGAUUUUGUCAGCACCAUAACUUGUGGGGAAAAUUUUUUUCCACCCUUUCGUGCCUGAUGGAAUGCAGCCUCAGUGGAAUAUCUGUGCCCUUGAAGCUGCUGCUACUUGGUGGAAGAAAGUCUCCCAUUGGUAAUAUUAGCCUAGGUGGGGGGGGCGUGAUUUUUGUUAAAACAAAAUAACUUCAAAUGCUGCAUUUAGUGCAGGGACAGAUUUGGUAACAUGGUGCCCUGAGGACAAAAUUUGGUGCCCUUCCAGCAAUACUUAUUUUUACAACAAUUCCAUUGUGGUACAGUUUCUUUUUAUGGAUCUCACACUAUUGUUGUUCUUGUUAUUUGCAACCCAAUUGUGUGGGGUAACCGUCCACACCACCCAAAAUCUAGUGUCACAUCUGGAUUUAACACCAGUGCCUGAAUUGUUUGGGGAGUGAGUCCAAUAAGCUCACCUCUUUAGCCUUCUAAAAAGUAUAGCACUGCAAAAAGUGCACACCCCUCCCCCCUCCAGUUGCGAAAGAGGGAGCCAAGGCUGAUUCAGUCUU